AUGAGUAGUAUCAGUAUGUUUGAUAUCAAGAGCAAAAUUAAACAAAUCAAAAACACGGUUCUUCAGAUGACCCCACUGGAGAUCAAAGUCAGAGAAUGCACCAGCAACGAUCCAUGGGGAGUCAAGUUGUCCGAUAAACUUGAAGUUGCAGAUCAUACUUACAACUAUGAGGAGUUCAAGCUCAUCAUGUCUGUCAUUAGAAUCAGAUUGGCCGAUGUUGGUAAAGACUGGAGACACGUCCAAAAGGGCAUUCAACUCAUGGAAUUUUUGGUCAUUCAUGGCUCUGAAAGAUGUCUCGAUGAGGCCAAGGAUAUGGUAUCACUCAUUCGUCACUUGAAGAACUUUAAAUAUGUUGAUGAUGAAGGAAAGGAUUGGGGAGUCAACGUGAGAGAUGCUGCCAAACACUUUUUGGAGUUCAUUAAAAACGAAGACUCUAUCAAAGAAGAGAGAGAGAAGGCUAAAGAAGAAAAGAACAAGUACGAAGGGUUCUCUAGAUCUGAAGCCAAAUACAAGGCUCGUUCCUCAGGCUCCUCCUCCUCAGAAAAGAAGAAGAAACCAACGACUACUAGCUAUGAUGAUUAUGAUGCUCCAAAGAAAUCUUCCUCUCGUUCAAGCAUGGAUGAAGAGGAGUAUCGUAGAGAUGACGAUGAUGAAAGAAGAAGCUCUUCUCCACCUCCAACAAAAUCUACCUCAACAACCAGUGGCCGACCAAGAAAACCAUCUACUGGAUCCGAACCACAAACAACGGUCGUAAAACAACCAACACAACAACAAAAGGAAGAUACUUUAAUUGAUUUCUUUGAUACUCAACCAACUGGCCCAACAGAUGCAGGAUUCGGAAGCAAUGCUGGUUUUGGAAACAACAACAACAACUUUGGUUUUAGCACCAACAACCAACAACAACAACAAUUCGUAAAUACCUCUACUGGUGGCGGCUUCAACCCAAGAGGUGGCAAUACAAGCGGAGGAUUCAAUCCACGAGGUGGUAACACAGCUCCAUCAUUCGGAGGAAAUCAACAAAAUGAUUUUGAAGCAAACUUUGAUAGCUCUGGAUUUGAUGAUGCGUUCGGAAAUAAUGAUUCUUUCGGUACAGGCUCUUCCUCUGCCCAAGAAAAGAAGGAUUCUACAUUGUUUGACCUUUCGAGUGGAUUGGUAAAUUUGGAUUUGAAUGAUUCUGGAAAGAAGCAAACUCAACAACAACAACAAAAUACUCAACCACAAACAACAAAUAUGACACUCAAGGAGUUGAAGAGAUUGCAAGGAACAACAACUCCACCAAACAAGCCAGUCAUGAACACACCUUCCUUCCCACCAAGCAAUCAACCUUGGGGUAAUACACAACCACCAAUGGUGGGAGGAUACAACAAUCCUCAACCACCAAUGGGAGGAGGCUGGAACGCCACUCCACCAAUGGGAGCAGGCGGCUAUCCACCAAGAAAUGCUCAACCACCAAUGGGUUAUGGAAAUCAACCACCAAUGAACUAUGGUAACCAACCACCACAAUGGAACAACCAACCAAGACAAAAUACCAACACCAAUGCUGGUGGUUUUGACUUCUUCUAA